AUGACGACCGCGCCGCCGUCGCCCAAGAGGCGACACAUACUGUCGUCAAUCAACCCCGAAUCUUGGUCAGCAUCACCGAAACCCGAGACCGAUGGCAUGAAAUCCGAAGGCCCUCCCGAAGAACCACUCGAUGCAGAGCCGAAGACGACAGCGGAGGCUACAGAAAAGAAGACCUCCAAGUUCCGCUUCAAGUCGAAACACUCGCGCUCGCACCGAUCCUCUCGACACCGCGACCGCGAUUAUGAACAGGAUGCAGAAAGAGACAAGGGCAGAGACGGCGACCCCGAACCAUCCUCCUCCCAUCGCCACCACCGACACAGACACCACCACCACCGGCACAAGCGGCGGCGGACGCGCUCCCGCUCGCCCACCCCACCCAACCCGUACGACCCGCCACUUCUCGACUCGGACGCCGCCUUCCGCGAGUCGCUCUUCGACGCCAUGGCCGACGACGAGGGCGCCGCGUACUGGGAGGGCGUGUACGGGCAGCCGAUCCACGUGUACAGCCAAGCCCGGCCAAGCGCCUCCAGCAACAAUAACAACCACAACCCCGAAAGCGGCGGCGACAAGGACGGGCUGGCACACAUGGACGACGACGAGUACGCCGCGUACGUGCGCCAGAACAUGUGGGAGAAGACGCACCAGGGCCUGCUGGAGGAGCGCGCGCGCCGCGAGGAGAAGAAGCGGCAGCGAGCCGAGAAGGAGUCCGAGGCCGCGCGGUUGACGCGCGAGAUGGAGCGCAGUCUGCGGCGCGGCGAGGAGAGGCGGCGGAAGCGCAGCUGGAAGGGGCGCUGGGAGGCGUAUCUGCAGGCCUGGACGGUGUGGGACGGCGCGCUCGAGGGCAUGGCGUGGCCGGUGGAGAGCGGGCGGCGCGAGGAUGUCGGCUCUGCUGCCGUCAGGGACUUCUUCGUCAUGGGGAUCGAUCCUGUAGAUGUUGGCGAGGCGGAACUCCUGGCAAGGCUGAAGGAGGAGCGCGUUAGGUGGCAUCCGGACAAGAUACAGCAGCGGUUGGGUGGGAAGGUUGACGAGGCCGUCAUGAGAGAUGUCACGGCUGUCUUUCAGAUCGUGGACAAGUUGUGGUCAGAUACCCGCUCUAAAGCACAUUGA